AAAAAGACUUGGGAAACGAGAAGAGUCAGUGAGAGAACAACACUAGGGACAAAGAGAGAGGAAGAAGAAGAAGAUGAUGUCCGAAGCUCAAUUGGUCUAACUAAAAGCUCGUGGAGUUUUCUUCUGCAAUCUUUCAAUUUUUUCUCUUUUCCAUUUCCUUGCAUCUCCAAUCUCUCUGUUCUAAAAGCAUUUUGGACCAAAAGAGGAAGCUAAAGCCACAGUUUGCAGGUUCUUUUUCAAAGGAGGUAUUGAUUAUACCCAAAAGGAAGUGUUUUGAAACUCUAAUCCCAAGCAAUGCAGACUCCAAAACCUAGGCCGGGAUCAUUGGAGGUGCCUCAAAAGAAAUCUCCUGCAGCAACUCCUAAAACUGCUCGUAAGCUCAAAACUGCAGAAACCGACACUGUUUCGUCUCCCAACACAAAAAUCAGGACACCAAAAACUCAAAGUCCCAAAGUAGUUGCUGAUCGUCGUUCUCCAAGAACCCCUGUGAAUGAGAUUCAGAAGAAGCGCACAGGGAGAACAGCCGAAGUAGCAUCUCAGAUAUCUCAGCUGCAAGAAGAGCUAAAGAGGGCAAAGGAACAGCUAAGCGCUUCAGAAGCUUUGAAGAAGGAAGCUCAAGAUGAAGCAGAGGAGACAAAGCAGCAAUUGAUAGAGAUCAAUGCCUCUGAGGAUUCAAGAAUCGAUGAGCUACGUAAGCUCUCUCAGGAACGAGACAAAGCGUGGCAGUCUGAACUCGAAGCAAUGCAGAGACAGCACGCCAUGGAUUCGGCUGCUCUAGGUUCUGCCAUGAACGAGGUCCAGAAACUUAAAGCACAGCUCUCUGAAUCUGAGUCUGUCGAGAACUUGAGAAUGGAACUCAAUGAGACACAGUCUCUUGUUGAGAAACUCAAAGGUGAACUGUUUGAUGCAAAGGAAGGGGAAGCUCGAGCGCAUGACAUUGUCUCAGGAACAGAAAAGCAAUUAGAGAUAGCGAAUUUGACGCUUGAGAUGUUACGAUCAGAUGGGAUGAAGAUGUCUGAAGCUUGUAAUUCCCUUACAACGGAGCUAGAGCAGUCCAAAUCCGAGGUAAAGUCACUGGAACAACUUGUGAGACAGCUCGAGGAAGAAGAUGAAGCUCGAGGAAACACCACUGGGGACUCAUCAUCAGUGGAAGAGCUCAAAGAAGAAAUAAAUGUUGCAAGGCAUGAGAUUAGCCAACUGAAAUCUGCAGUGGAAGUAACUGAGAGAAGGUACCACGAAGAGUAUAUCCAGAGCACGUUACAGAUAAGAACUGCUUAUGAACAAGUGGAGGUAGUAAAAUCCGGAUAUGCACAGAGAGAGGCCGAGUUAGGGGAAGAAUUGAAGAGAACCAAAGCUGAAAGAGAGGCUUUGAAUGAGCGAUUGAUGGAUAAGGAAGCUAAGCUGAGGAUACUCGCUGAUGAAAACGCAUUACUGAACUCGAAAAUCAAAGAAGAAGAAGAAGUAAACUUGGAGAACAGCUUGAACCAUAAAGAGCCUGAGGCUACAGGUGAACUCGAGAAGCUAGAAGCUGAUAUGAUGGAGUUGAGAGGGAAUCUAAUGGACAAGGAGAUGGAACUGCAGAGUGUAAUGUCGCAGAACGACAGUCUCAAGAGCGAGAUGGAGAAGUUGCAGAGCGAGAAGAACAAGGCUAUCGACGAGGCCCUAUCGAGAUUAGGGAGUCUUACGGAGGAAGCAGAUAAGAGCGUGAAGAGAGCAGAAAACGCAACAGAACAGCUAGGAGCAGCACAAGUUACCAACACGGAACUUGAAGCUGAGCUGAGGAGACUCAAGGUUCAGUGUGAUCAAUGGAGGAAAGCAGCUGAAGCUGCAGCUUCUAUGCUCUCUGGUGGUAACAACAACAAUAACAGUAAUGGGAAGUACGUGGAGAGAACAGGAUCGCUGGAGAGUCCAUUGAGGAGGAAUGUGAACAUGUCGCCUUAUAUGGAUGAAAUGGAUGAUGAUUUGUCUUCGCCGAAGAAGAAGAAUGGGAGUAUGCUAAAGAAGUUUGGUGUGUUACUCAAGAAGAGUCAGAAGUGAUGAUUGAAGUAAGAUAAAAGACCGCCAUUGUUGUCCGUAAUAUUCGCUGCUUGUUUUCAUAAGUUUUAAUGUGUAGACAUGUUUUUGUUGCCAAAGUUGUAUUGUGAACUACUUUUGUUUCUUUUUCUAUUAACUAAGCCCAAACUGUGAUAAACAUUUAUGAAGCUGAACUUUGUUGUUUA